UUUUGUCAGUCGUGUUUUCGGGUGGUGCGGUGCAUUUUGUUGUUCCAGUUUCGUCCUGCGAAAAAAAGUUUUAUCAGCACGUAAUAAUCAUUCAAAAUCAAUCUGAAUCAGUUUAUUUUCGAUAUCAAGUUCCUCGCAAAAGUGUGGUGCACGAAAUGACCUGCUAAGAGCAUGGGAAACGAUCAAUCGCAACAGCUGAAGGGGCUGGAGAUCAGUCGCAAGGCCAUUCAGGUGACGGACUAUUGGUCACUGUACAAUGGUGAAAUCCCCACGGAAUCGACUGUGUCGGUCAUUUCGAUAUUCCAAGGCGAGACGUUGGUGACGGGGCAAUUUUGGACCAACCAAAAUCCGCUGGAGCGCGCGAUCCGGAAUUUGAAGAUUUACCGGCAUCCGAACAUUCUGAAGUACAUCGCGUCAUGGAACAAGGGAUCGCUGAAGAUGCUGGCCACGGAACGGUGCCGCCCGUUGGCCACUUGCCUGAACGUGACCAGUGACGUGCAGAUCUGCUUGGGGUUGAGGAAUAUUUUGUGUGCGUUGAUCUUUCUUAUGGAGCAGGCCAAUGUGCGGCACCUGAGUAUCAGUAUAUCUUCCAUCUACGUGACCGAGGAUGGAGCCUGGAGGUUGGCGGGAUUUGAACAUCUGUGGUCGGGGAAGGAGUUCAAUAUGACUCUGCUGGAAAAGUCUCAGCCCUAUCGCUAUCCCAAGGCGAUCGAUCCGGACGAGCUUAAAAACAAAAGCCAGGGAGUGGAACAAUACGCGUUCGCCGUGAUGUGCGAGGAAAUUCUACACAAUAAAAACGAUAGCAACAUUCCCGCCGUGGAGGAUUUCAAAGCCUAUUGUGCCACCCAUCUGAAGCAUGCGAAUGUUUCCAUGCGCCCGAAGUUGUCCGCAAUUCUGCUUCAUCCGUUGUUCAAUCACGACUUUAUCUUGAUACAUUCCUUCCUGACGGAACUGCCCCUCAAAAGCCCGCAAGCCAAGAUGGAAUUCUUCACCGGUCUUGUGGACCGGUUGCGGACGUUCGACCCCGAGACGGUCGCCGAGCAAAUGGGAUCGCUUUUGCUUUCCCGGAUAGUCCUCCUGGACACAACCGCCCAGCUUUGCGUUACCCCGUACAUUAUGCGGCCGAAGGCGGACGAUCUGUCGUCCGGUCUGUUUGCGACGAGAAUCUUCUCGGCGUACAUUAUUCCCAAAAUACAGCAGGUCUUCUGCGUGCAGGAUGCUCAAAUCAGGCUCACACUGCUGGAGCAUUUCCCGGACUACGUGCCAUACUUCAGCAAAGAGGAUCUCAAGGAGCAAAUUCUACCGCAGUUACUCCUGGGUAUCAAGGACACCAACGAUGUGCUGGUAGCGAAGACCCUGCUUUGCUUAGCAGACGUGGUUCCCAUUUUGGGAUCGGCCGUGGUGAUAGGAGGCAACCGAAGCAAAAUCUUCGCGGACGGCCGACCACAAGGAGUUCCUGAUCAAAGUCACCCCUGGAGCGGGGUACGAUCCAUAACACCCGUAAUCGGAUCCGGAGAAUUUCUUUCCGGAAGCCCCAUUCCCGGACAUGGAGGUGCAACUCUGAUCGAUCCCGAAGAAAAUUUUUCAUCAAUUGUCCACGGUGGGGAGUUCAACCAUAUGCCGGAACGGCCAUCUCCGGAAGGGGAAGAUCCCUGUCCAACCAACAGCGACGUCGAACUGGAGGUGGACGAGUGGAGCGACUGGGAAAAUGAUGUCAACGAACGCACCACAACUCACCAUAUCAACGUGGGACAGCAGGGAGAAGCAGUUAAGCCGGAAGCAAGUACAACCACUGCCAACACGGCGAGCGAUUCCGCUGGGGAACAGGCCGCCUCGUCAUCUAGUCGUGCAGUUCAGGAUGAGUCCAGUAGAGUGAAACGUUCCGCUUCGUUGCAAGCAGAGAGUAUAGAAACAUUGGAUAUUAAAACUCAACCUAUGAAAAAAGUCGAAGCUUCAGCGACGGAGGAGGAAAUGGAUUUCUUCAAGGAUAUGGAACCCGUCAUACAGAAGGCCAACGUGUUGCUUAUAAACGACGGUGAUGAUACGGAGAGUAGCGAAAGUGUGCCGUUGACUGUCGUGGAAGCACCAGCAUCCGUGCGAUCUAAAGGGGUGCUGAAGAUCGCGGAUGAACAGGAGCAGCCGUUGGUUAAGGUCGACUGCAGCCGCUUCGACAUCAAAGUGGAGGACUUGGAGGUCAACGAAGACGGUUGGGGUGAUGAGGAGGAGAGCGAAUGGUAAGUAGGAUGAGCUUUUUCAUUAACGUAUUAGUUACGUAGUUAUGGGUUAUGUGCUAAAUGGUAGAGAUUUUUUGAGUUUAAUCAUACCUGUGUUGAAUGUUUAGAACUGACGUUAUGCCACUUUUACCUGGGUCAAUAAAAUUGUGAAACAAUGUGAGCUGGAA